CCGACACCUUUGCUCCUACUCGCCCCUCUUAUAGAGUCACUUUACUUUCACCUCCUUGCCAUCUACCAGCUCCUCUUCCUGUUUCUCUUCGAACUCACCAUCCUGUCUACGCUUCCGACGAUGAAGUAGCAACGAGGACAAUCAUGAUCAGAAAAAGGUAAGCAGCAUCAUCUCACCCUCUUGCUGCCCAACACAUCCCGCUCGCCUAGAUGGCACCACCAAAGAGUGAAUCUGCCAGCCAGAGCUCAUCGGAUUCGGAAGCUGCGGCCGCGGCUGCUCCUGCUCUCCAGACUUCUGCUCGCUCCUCGUCCGUCUCUCUCAAGGCUCUCAAGCGGCAGUUGGCGGAGCAGCUAUCUCAGCGCAAUGUGACCCUUGCGCCGACAUUGUCCACAGACCUUGCCUUCACCCGCAAUCAGGUCCGCAAUGCAUAUCUCCGCCUUCUGUUCCAUGCCCCAUUCACCAAGUCUGCCCAUCAGGCUGAGCUGGGACUCUGGAAUGAGACCACCCACAGGGUCGUCGGCGUAUAUCGGGGCAGGCUGUCGAAGUUGGAGAAGGAGAUGAAGGAGCAGCAGCAGCAGCAGCAGCAGCAGCAAAGCGCAUCACGGCCAAGUACGCCAGCAAAAGAUGACACAAAGGCAGCAGGCCCCUCAGCGACGAAGCGAAAAGCUCAAAGUCAGGAGUACAGCAAAUUGUCGGAGGCUCUACGCCAACUCCUCGCAAAGGAGGAGGCCUUCUGGAAAGGAUUGGCAGAGCGCAUGGCCAAUGUCUUCAGGCUCGCCGAGACGCAGCCUGCCUUGGAGAGAGCUGGCCUCACGACCAGUGGCCAAAAGAUACCCAUCGGCCCUAGAGCUAUCGUCGGAGAGGGUGGCCAACCAGCGGGCUUGGCUCGUUUACCCAACACCCCUGCAGAAUUGGAUCCGGCAGUACUGCAAAUGGCAAACCUGCCUCGGCACAAGGAGCGACUGAUCGAGAUUGUUCACAGAGCUCUGGUGUACUGUGGCGACCUCGCCAGGUACAGAGAGAUCUAUCGUGAACCCUCUAAUUCCUCACCAUCGAGGAAGGGCCCGACCUCAGGUCACCGAGGGGGAGGAAGAAAAGCUGCGACAGUCCCCAUCUCCCCAAAUCCGCAGCAGCGCAAUUUUGAAGAUGCCAUUGCCUGUUACGAAGCUGCUCGCUUGCUUGUCCCUUCCAGCGGCAACCCAUCAAACCAGCUCGCCGUCGUCUCUGCGUACUGCGGAGACGUGUUUGGUGCCGUCUAUCAUUACUACCGAGCUCUCUGUGUCAAGGUACCAUUCGAAAGUGCCAAGAUCAACCUAGGGACAUCGCUGGGCAAAGCAGUGACGGAAUGGGCAAAGGAUGGCGGCCUCGAGGCUUCCAGUGAGGCUGACGGGUCCGGUAGUGCAAGACCCCUGUCUGAUGAGAAGCGAAAGCAAAGCUGCCUAAAGACUUACAUUGCCCUACAAGGGCUCUUCUACACUCGCAAAAGCUUCAUUUCACUGCAACCACUGUCGGCUCAAUUCCACCAGACCUUUCAGGCUGCAGUGGCCGAUCGCAUACUACCAACUGAUGUCAUCGUGCGCAUAUUUGUGACUUCGGUUGCUGCUUCCUGGACCGCAAGACUGUGGCGCAAGAGCGACUCCAACGGCUCCCAGAAGGUGGAGGCUUCCGAGACAGGAGCAGGUAACCUGAGAGAGGACGCACAGUCUCUGGCCCUCAAUGUCGAGCUGCAAUUGCUCGAUCACGUACUGUCCACUGCACAGGCUCUAUUUGACAUAGCUACAACGCAGAGUCGAAUUGCGCUGGAGAACGCUUCGCUGCCGCCAAGCGGAACUGGCAGCAAGGGUGCAGCUAGAGACGGUCAGUCUCCAGCAACCAAGAACUUGACUCCUGUCAUGCGUCGUGUACUGCCAGCUACGCGGAUUGCAAGCAAGUGGAUCAAGUCCCAUCUCGACUACAUUGAUCGGAGCCAACAAACAUGUAUCUCAAAGGCUGCCGAAGGUUUCGCAUCAGUGAAGGGCAGCUCGAACAACGCAGAAGCAGUAGCUUGUGCGGCCGCGGAACUGUCUCUGAUACAACGUGUUGAGGACUUCUGGGCCUCUUUCGUCAUCUUCACCAACACCCUUCGCUAUGCGUUUCCCUUUGACGCUUUGCCCAGCCUGGGGACAGUGAGGCCGACCGGUGCUGCGCCAUUGUCCCUCGAAGAAGACACUGAUCUUCGAGGAUUCAUCCCUACGCGGCGAGGCAUGCUGACGCAAGACGACAAGCCGAUCAAUCCUGCUGACAGAGCUCUGCACCCUAAUGAAGAGCAAUUGAUGCGUAUCGCAGACUUGUUGGUAGAUGCCAAGGUGAUUGCUGAGAGUGAAGCGAGCCCCAUCGUCUUCGAUGACGCCAAAGGUACCUUUAGAAUGGCGCCGGCCAAGGACGGUUUGCACCCCAAGGCCGGGCCCACCCUCCUCCAAGGCAACAAUGUCAACGGACUUGAGGCGAAGCUACUGAGCUCAAGUCUCGGCGAUGGAGACGACACUGUCUCGAUUGGGACUUCAGAGGCGACUGAAGACGUUGUUGAUCUGGCUAUGCGAGCUCGAGAGGGUGCUGAAGACUUCACCGACGACGCAGAUGCAUCCGAGGACGAGGAUGAGAUCCUGAUUCCAGCGGCUGUCCACAAUCGACAGCUACAGUAUGCGCAGCAGUUCCAAGCGCAAGGGGCUUCGACUCCCGGCUCUCAGGGGAUAGGCAACACCCCCACUUCUCUGGCUAGCUUUCAGCCUGCUCCGCCCCAGCAGAGCGCACAGUCUGCCAUCUAUGCGCCACCGUCGACUACCACUGCUUCCACCUUCGGCGGGCCACGUGAAGGUCUUGCUGCUUCUACCACGGCACAAGAUCUGUUCCUGCAGAUGCUAAACGGUCGUCCCACUCCCCAAUCGGCUAGCGCGAAUCUGUCGGGCUUUGCUACGCCCCCCGCCCGCGAAGUCUCCAACGGCACACCAGUUGCGCCAUCGCUUUCUAGGGCACCCUCUGCGACUGGGUCUCCCCACCACGCUCAGGGCUUCUCGAUGACACCGCAAUCGCAAUUCCUCUUUGGAGGAGGCCUGGGCGGCGGAGCAAGUCAGCCCGUUCACACUCCUACACACCAGUCCAUGGCAGGUCUGGCCAGUAUCUGGAGUCCCGGGCCAGGAGAAGUGCGUCAUCAACAUCAUGCCUCUCUGCAGAGUUCGCCUAGAGCAUCUUCCACUGGAGAUGGGAUCUGGAAUGCUGCUCCUGGAUCGGGAACGUCUACUUCUGCUGGAUUUGGGACGCCAUCGACGAUGCAGAUGCAACAGCAGCAGCAACAAGGGCAGCACUUGAGGCAGAGUCAGCAGUGGCAAGCAUCGCCUUUACAGCACGCUGCUGCUGUGGAGAGGCCAAUGGGACCGGGAUGGCCGAAUCAGCAGAGAGGAUGAAGGGGGGAGAGCUACUCAGUUGGCUUCAGCAAGGGGACCACACGUCGGACCCUUUUUAGGGACCUCAGCCGUCAGCCAGCGUGACGAAGCAGUAUGGAGGGUGUGGCCUUCAAGGCCCUGCCGCCAUCACAAGCGCCCCAUCCAUCGUCAUUGGCCAUCCGUCGCGGUGGCCGACCGAAGCGAUCAGCCAUCGCGUGACAGGGAGAGCAGCUCUUUUUAAAUGCUCUCCAGAGCCAUGGUGUACCAAGAUCAGGCAGGGUGUGAGCUCCUGACCAAAGGGAGAGCCCCUUUCCUUUUCUUCACCUCAGUAUAGCCUCGCUGGAUGAACAAUCGAUUCCCGCUUCAUACGAGUCUGUUUUCAUGAUAAAGACAACGUGAUGGCCAUUGAGUCUAUGAUCUUGAG